AUGUGGUUUCAAGUUAUCUGUUUAGUUGUUCUUCAAGUAACUUUAUUGCUACUUUCACCAUUUUUAAAGAAUAGAUGGCCUUUUUCGGUGUAUUAUAGAAGACUCUACGUUCCUUAUUUGAAGGACGUUAAUUCAUACAAAUGGAAAUACCAUGUAGUGCCAGGUUUUUAUUUCUCCAUCUAUUUAUACUUGGUUUAUUGUUACUAUGCAAAAGUGGAAUAUCUAAUUGUUAAUCAUUUGAAUUUAUUUGAAAGAGGUAUACUUCUUCCAUUACUGAUCGUUUUGACUCCAAGUUUUGGGAUACUUACAAUGGUAACGAAACCGAUUAACAUCCAUGGCAAUGGGAUUUCUCAACAUGAUAAAUUAAAGAACAAAUUUCCAUUUGAUAAUAUAAUAUAUCAUAGUGGUAACGUUUGCAGUACGUGUAAUAUCGAAAAGCCAGCUAGGUCAAAACAUUGUAACAUCUGCGGAACCUGCAUACUUUUACAAGAUCACCAUUGCAUAUGGGUGAACAAUUGCAUAGGUUUAGGGAAUUACAAGUAUUUUUUCAUGUUUCUGUUGUUAAACACAAUAUCAUUAUCAUAUGCUUUUCUAAGAUUGUUGCAUAUUACUUUAUCAAAACCCGAUGUUCCUAAAUCGAAGAACAUCCUAGCAUUAUGUAUACUGACUGGCAGUUUUUCAGUGAUAUGCGGUGUAUUUUUCUAUUUACAAAUGAAGCAAGUCAACAAUGGCAUGACCACCAAUGAAACAGACAAGUGGUAUGCCGUUCAGGAACUUAUGAGAGAAGGGAAAUUGAUCAAGUCAGAGGACAACAACUGGUUUGCAUUGUCCACUGAAGACGCUCCAGAUUCUCCAUCGCAAGUAUACAGUACAAACUUCUACGAUAAUAAAACAUACAAAAUCUCAAAUGAUUACCAUAUUGUAAAGGAUGCCUCUGAGAUACCGAACGUAUAUGACAGAGGAACAUUUCUUGACAAUUUAAAAGGAUUCUGUAAUGAAUGA